UGAAGUCGCUACAUUCAUUCUUAAUCUUCCCAGCCCAUCAGUGGCCGUCUAACACAGGGAGCAGUGUCAGGUGUCUUGUUAGCCCGGUAAUAGUGUGAUUGAUUGUCUUUACCUCAGUGUAUAUGUUGGACUACCACACAUGAGUGUGACUGCUAUCUUGGCUGAAGAUACACUGAUACACCAUGGCUGCAGAACGGGGGAAGAUGCCUGCUGCAGAUGAGAAGUGCAUCCAGACACAUAUAAUGGACAUAGAGGUGGAGCUGGACGCCAAGGACAUCACGGGAACUCUCUACUCCAAGAACGUCAUCGACCUGGACGACAUGAAACACAUCGACGCAGGCACAACCAGAGUUGAGAGAACAAACCGGUUCCUAGAUAUCCUCAUGUCAAGAGGUACAGAGGCAUUUCCGGUCUUCUUGCAUGGACUCGAAGUUAUGGGGUACAAGGACCUUCACAUGAAACUCACAGCUACAAAGGAUUCCAUCAAACCGAUUAUAAAACAACCUUCUGAAGCACAAUUUAGAAGCCAGUUCCGGGUCCUGCAUCAGUACAUCGAGAGGGUUGUGGCAGAGGUGGAUACACGGGCUUCCAAGAUGGAUCUGAUAUUUGAAUCAAAACGAAAAUAUGCCACGAAAGAAGAACUUAAAGUUUUGAGAAAAGAUUUAGCUACCAAAGAGGAAUUGAUAGCAUUUCGGGAUGAAAUAGCCAGGUCAGCUGCAAAUGUGACAGAAACUCUGAACAACAUAUAUAAAAUGUUUGAGGAAAAUGUAGACCAACAGACCUUGAAGGGUCAGAAUGUAGGAAAGGAUGACCUCGUGGCCACUGCUCAGACACACACUGACGAGCUGAGAGAAAAGGUUUCCUGUUUGGCAGAAGCAAGUAGAAAGCUGGAGAAGAUCGUCAACCGCCACGACAUAAAUGAUUUGAAAUAAGUUAUACAGAAAUGAAUAUAAAAGAGAAAGAAUGCUGAAUCGCAUUCUGAAAGCAACAGCGGGCAGAUAUGGUUCAGUCGAGGCCUGCCGGAAACGAAAAGAAGAUAUUGUAAGAUUUUAUAAUAUGUAAUAUGGAAAUACCCAUGCAUGGAGCGUGGCAAUAGUUUAAUCAAGAUCCUAAAGUAAAUGAAUUUCCAGUGGAUUGAGUAAGUUGAGACACUCAUGGGUCCUUACUGCCGGAGGUGAGGCAAAAAUUCGUGGUGCUUCCUUUGCAUAUUCCUGGUAUAUAUUGAUAACAUUUCCAUACGCGCUAGACAGAGGUCCCAUACAUACAGCAACACGUCGGCCACAGCCGAAGCAGACCCGGUGAAGUGUGGUAUUAGUUAGUCGUUCAUGGGGCUGGUGGUGAUACACACUAGGCCCUAACCCGGGGUUCAGUGAAGUCAGAUUAGGUUUUGCAACACAAGCUACUGCCAUUGUUAGACAGGCCUACCAACUGGGACGUGGCAACACGGAGCUGUACCACAGUGUAGAUGUCCCCCAGGUCGAGGUGUUGGAGUGUGACUGUAGUGGAGCAGUGCCACAGUGGAGAUGUCCCCCAGGUCGAGGUGUUGGAGUGUGACUGUAGUGGAGCAGUGCCCGACAUUGUGGCUACAUGUGUUCUUGUAUGUUUCACUGACUUUGUUGAAGCGGGAUAAAUGUAUUGAUCACAAAUGCCAAUGAUAACAUAUGAAGUUCAUGUAAGAUCAGUGUUUUCCCGUUUUACUGUUAUAGGUUAUCAGGUUUCUGCGGCGACUAACAGGAUCGGGUGGUCAGGCUCGCUAAAUUGGUUGAUGCAUGUCAUCGUAUCCCAGUUGCGUGGAUCGAUGUCAAUGAUGUAAAUUACUGGCUUGUCUGUUCCAGACUCGAUUAUUUAUAGACCGCCGUCAUAUAGCUGGAAUAUUGCUUAGUGUGGCAUUAAACAACAAACAAACAAAUAAACAUGAAUUCACGAACAUAAGCAGUUCCUCCAUGUGUGUAUAUUUAGUUUUCUUCUGUUUCACUUUGUGUUAAUGUCUGCCGCAACAAGGAGUCAUAUAGUCAUAAUUACUAUCAAUGUCAAUCUUCAUUACGUUUUGUGUCUCGUGUAUGUCAAUGUAUCGACGGGAGGUAAAUAAAAGCAAC